UAUUAAUAGAAGACAACUAAUCGAGCUUACAAAAUUAAACGGGAGUUUUUUUUUUUUUUGGUUACCUGGGUUACUUGUUUAUAAAAUGAAUAUAUUCAAUUUUAAAUAAUCAUUUUUAAUGUAGAAAUGGAUUGGCAAGCUUCUGUUUUGAUACUUUUAGUUGGCUACUGUUUGAAUUGUUUUGUGACUGGCGAAGGAUAUAGGUCAGCAAGCUUGGCAGACGACAAGGAGAUUGUAUCAGAUGAUUCCAACGCAUUAUCAAGACAUCAGAGGGAUGUAGAUGUUCCACUAAAACAUCAGGGUGUAUGUGGAAUUCCUCCCGUUCAGAUUGAUACGAGAUUUUACUGGUGUGAUGACGGAGAAAUUGUUGCCUUUAAAACAACCAAAAGCACACCCACGACCACAACAAGUACACCGGAACCUAAUGGCAGUUGCAGUGGCCUACUGACUUGCAACGGAAAUCUACACUGUGGUGCUGACCAAGGAUACCGCUGUUGUGGGUUCGAGCGAUAUAACCCAGAGUUCCAGACUUGUUGUCAAUACACCAGUGCCAAAUACAAAGUAUAUGAUGAUAUGCAGGAAAAGAGUCACGUAUGUUGUGAUUUGGAUGUAUACAAACGCGGAUCCUCCUAUAUACCCUGUCAACAUGCAUCUACAAACGACAGAUUUUUUAAUAAAUUAACAAAGUGGAAAAAGCUUAAGAGUGACCAAGCCCUUUGCACAAUGAACGAACGUGAAACUCGGCAAGUUUACAAGAUUGAUAUUGACGUCCAAGAAAGCAAGGGUGAUCGGCGUUACCUCAAAGGAACAGUUUCAGUGUGGCCGUGGACACUAACAUCAAGAUCUAAAAAUAGAACAAACUUGAGAAGUCCUCCAACAGAGAAAGGUUACAUGGAAAUACGAUUGGACAAGUACAGUCCACGGAAGAAUAAUUUGAAAGGAAAAAGUUUCUUUACAGUAUCAGAGAAAAACUACUUAGAAAAGGCCAUUUUCUUUUUUAAUCCUAACGACAACCUGUAUAAGUGGCCAAAAAAUGUAAAACAGCAAAAGAAGAUUUCAAAAUUGUUAAAGAAAAUACAGCGCCAGUGUAGACGAAAGAAGAAAAAGAUAGCCAAACAAUCUAGUCGUAUUUCCUAGAUAAAAUGUCACCAAAAAGUUCGGCCAAGGAAAGUCAGUUCUAUACUUCUGAAAUUUGUUCUUACUUUUUGACUAGUUGAAAAGCGUCAAAAUGUUAAAUAUUUAUUUUGGGUGACAGCACUGAAUUAAAUCUACAAAUUUAUCAAUUACAUUGUAAUUUAGAUAACUGCACACGGUUAAGAUAACUUAAAACAGACUUUCCACAGCCUAAAGAGUAGCCCUGAUUCCGGCGAAGGUAGCAUGACGCUGGGAUGUUUCAGGUACAGUGAGCACCCGAAGACAAGACGCAGACUAAUAGAUGUACAUUAACGUAUAUCAGUGCGGGUGGUGUCAGACAUGAAAAUUAGAAAAAGCAGGGAAGAGUGGUCGGACGGAUGUUUACACAGAUAGAAAUGAGAAAGUAAUCGUAACUGGACGAGAAAGCUAUAAAGCAGCUGUAGUAAAAUACAACGAUAAUGGCUAUUCAUUUCUUUAAUUUUUAAACUUAUAUUGUUAGAAAACAUUUCAUGUACGUAUACGCAUAUUUAUUCAUAAACUUUCAUAUACAUUAAAUGUAUGGAUAUCGAUACCUAGAGACUCAUUUUAUUUUUUUAGUAUAAUUAUCUUUGUAGUUUCGUUAUAGUUUCAUGUCUGAUUAAAUUUUUAUGAAAUUCUAUUUUUUUUGUGUUUACCUGUUUUAAACAGCUAUAUUUUAUCUUCAUUUUUCUUCUUUCAUUUAUGUGAUUCGCAUUUGGCUUUCUAACAGAGACGAAUGUAGAUAUUUGUCUGGAACUCACUUCUGAAAUGUCUAAUAAAAUUAUUGAAAUUGA